GGCGAAUGAAGCGGAAGUCUCGCACAUUCACAGAAAACAGCUGACUUCUGCACUGGUGACAAAUAAGGAGGAUAAAAGCAACUCAUUUCAGCCUCCAAAGCACUACUUGGUGCAGCUGCUCCCUCUAGUGGUGAAUUAUGAGGAUCUAUUACUGUCUUAGUCAAGGUCAUUGUUCAUUUGAGUGUGUUUACAUGUCAUGAGAAAUUAUAACAUUGUUGACAGAAUGUGAACACUGGACAGUAAACACAACAUCAGCAUCUCUACAUACCCUCAUCAUCCUGAACCAAUCAGAAGACACCCCUGCCAAUUUCCCAUAACAAAAAGAGUUAUCAUUAAGAUGUAUAAUCGCACACUGCCAUGUGGAUCCAUGUGGACUCUGACUGUCCUAUUUGAUCUAGGAACAACAUUCACCUGUCUGUCUAACACACCUGUUUUUUUGUGUUUAACACGCUGAGUCUGAGACCUCUGGAUUUGGACACUAAAUCGCUGCCCAACAGGAUUAUAUUUGUUCAGAACAGGCUACUUUUAGGAAAACCAAUGAAAUAGACAAAAGCGUGUGAGGCAGAGGUCAAUGAUGGUUCAGGGCAAGUGUGACCUCAUCGCUCUGUGCCUGGGCAUCAUCGGUCUGAUCGGGACGGUGGCCGUCACGGGCCUCCCCAUGUGGAAAGUGACGGCGUUCAUCGGGGAGAACAUCAUCGUGAUGGAGACCCGCUGGGAGGGUCUGUGGACGACGUGCUUCAGACAGGCCAACAUCCACAUGCAGUGCAAAGCGUACGACUCUCUGCUGUUCCUCCCGCCGGACCUGCAGGCGGCCCGGGGCUUGACGUGUAGCGCACUGGCUCUGUCUGCACUCGGGCUGCUCGCGUCUCUUUUCGGCCUCCGUUGCACGUCGUGUCUCAAGGAUCAACCGCGUGUCAAAAGCGCGUUUGCGAUUGCCUCGGGGGCGAUGCAGAUUUUAGCAUCCGUUUGCGUUAUCAUCCCGGUCUCUUGGACGGCUCACGCUAUUAUUAGAGACUUCUACAAUCCUCUACUUGUGGACGCGCAGCGCAGGGAACUAGGAGAGGCGCUGUAUAUCGGUUGGGUAACUAGUGCUUUUCUAAUGGCGUCUGGAGUUAUAUUUCUCUGUCGUCGUGUUGGUCCAAAACCAGGCUCGUCAAUUUAUUCAAACCGACAAGUUAAUAAACCCGCUGUAAGGGCCUUUAACUCAAACAGCCUCUCCAUUCUGCAGCCUUCUGCGUUCAGCUACGCCAUUGCGCCUUCUAGUGGCCAACAUUCACCUUGCAGUGUGCAACCGGUGACCACUGGGUCUUUAGUGUUCAGUCAAAACAUCAUGCCACCUCAAAACCUGGACUAUUAUGGCCCAAAUGUGAUGCAAAGCCAGUAUGUUUCCAAAAACACGCUGUACGCUUCUGCACGCCUUAACGGCAGCGAUCCCUACGCGUCCUUCACCUCCGGAUCCGCAUUUCACCCCGUUAAGCAGACCCCGCUCUACAUAGGGUACAACUACUCCAGGGUGCAGUCCAACAGCUCAGACAGUAGCUUUGGAUUGCGUAUCUAAGUUGCAGCCCUAUUUUUACAUUAAUUUUUAAAGCUACACUGUGUGAUUUUUACCCCCAUCUAGCGGUGAAAAGGUUUAUGACGAUCCAGUGAAUACUUUCUGUUCCUCUCAAUUACGAUUUCGUUUUAACUCCUACGGUGGCCAAUGUAGUCCAAGAUUAACAUGGCUUC